AUGACUGGUUCAGGUGCGCGGAGGAGACAUGGGAGGCCGCCCAUGUUCACCUCCAGCGAGCUGCGCUUCGCCAGAAGAACAGCGCGGACUGUCACCGCACCCUGCCUCUCUCUCUCCGUCUCUGUUGUUCCCUUUCUCUUUCUCUACUCUCUAUGUUCAGUGGUACAACAUGAGGCAGUCUGUGGCUAUCUGUCUGCUUGGACUCUCAGCUCUGCUCCACGUGCCCAUGAUAAAUUUGAUGCCACCUUUAAGAGCUAUGUGCUGGUCAACUCCAGUGGCUUCUGUGAGUACCUACCUCCAGGUAUUUUCAGCAGUGCGUGUAAUGUGGACAUGCGUUGGUUUCCCUUUGACAUCCAGCGGUGUGAGCUGAAGUUUGGCUCGUGGACGUUUGACGGCUGGCUGCUGGACCUCCAGAUGCAGGAGGCUGACCUGUCAGGAUACAUGUCCAAUGGAGAGUGGGAACUGCUGGUUGAGAGCUCUGUCUGCCCCCGACCCUCUUGCAUCUCUCUCCUCCAUAUUACUUUCUAAUCUCUCACUUCUUCUUUCCUCCCCCCUCUUGUAGGUGUACCAGGUGAUCGUCAUGAGAUAUUUUAUGAGUGCUGUACAGAGCCCUACUCUGAUGUGACCUUUGUUGUGACCCUACGACGGAGAACUCUGUUCUACGCUCUCAACCUCCUUGUCCCAUGCAUUCUCAUCUCCUCCUUGACACUGCUGGUGUUCCUACUGCCAACCCAAUCGGGGGAGAAGAUCGGUCUGGGUGAGGAGAGAGAGGCAGAGGACA